AUGGUCACUAAAAGUGACCUCCAGGUCCUAUCAGACGACCUCCAUGCCGCAAUCCGUUUUGAGGUGGUGGCCCUGCGGUCAGAGAUCACAGCACAGGACGGCAGACUCCAAAACCUGGAGGAAACAGUGAGAGAGGCGACGGAGAGAGCGGGGACCAACACCACUGCGACCACAAGACAGGGGCACAUGCUACUGGCCCUCCGACGCCAGACAGAGGACCUAGAUAAUAGGAGCCGCCGCUCCAACAUCCAUGUGCACGGACUACCCGAGCCAUCCACUGAGGAAGAUGUGGAAGCCACGUUGAAAGCCCUCUUUCGGGAGAUCCUGGGAGCUGACAUGACAGAUAGCAUAACAUUUGACUGCGCACACAGAGCUAACGGACCCAGGCCGGCAGACAACACCCCACGAGACGUCAUAUGCUGCCUGCACAACUACAAGCACAAGGAAAAAAUAAUGCUCAAAGCACGCUCCAGACCGCUAUGGAGGUUCCGCGGUGCAGACGUGGCCUUAUUCCAAGACCUAUCACCGCUCACACUCGAUGCCCGCAGGGCCCUAUGCCCCAUCAUAUCACUACUCAGAGAGAGGAACAUCCCCUACAAAUGGGGGUUCCCCUUUGCCCUGCUUGCAAGACACCAAAAUGAGUGGGUGCCCUUGCGCUGGCCGGAAGAGGGCUCAGGUUUUUUACGCCACAUGGGCCUACCACCCACUGAAAUAGCGGAUUGGAUUCUUGGACCUUUGGAGCAGAGACCUGGACCCCACACGCCACGACAACAGCGCCGCCGCAUGGAGGAGCCGGCAAGACGUCCCAAUGCCCGCAGACGCCUGGACCCAGCAGAACCCGAGGAGUAG